CCGCUGAUGUGAACUGGGAAAUGUAAACCUCCCUCUCUCCCUACCCCACCGAUCGAUUCAUUAAAAGCUUUUAAAAGUUUAACAUUUUCGCGCUUCGAUGUCUGCUAAGAAGCGCAAGGAGCGUUCCUGGGAGGAUGUCCCGUUCCCAUCGGGCAGCUCGCGCGCGGAGGAGCGCAGACUCACGGUCGAGGAGGAGGAUGAGGACGAGGUGGUGGUGCGGGGAGGAGGCAGACCGCCAAACGUCGCGCGGCUGCACGAGUCGUGGGCGCGCUGCGGCGACGCGUUCACGUCGGCCGACGUCGCCCAUCCAGCGAACUGGAAAUCGUGGAAGCCGGUAGCAAGGUGUCUCACAAAGCUGCAGCGCUGCUUGCCAGGCGAUGCGGAUUCCAUCAUCUCCAGCCCCGGCACCAGCAGCGGUUCGUGUGACGAGUCGCCGGAUGCCGACGUCGCGAUCCGCCGCCGCUCACGCGGGCGAGGGCGCGUCGGGGCCGGCUCGCUGGUGGCCGAGCAGCGGCUGGGAGCGGCGCAGGCCUCAGCCUACGGCCGCAGCGUGCUCAGGCCUGCGAUGGACGACAACGAAGACAUCGAGUCUGUGGAGUCGGAAGACGCUCUCCCCUUGGACUCUCCCCUGGCGGAGUUUGACAUCGUUGAUUCCGAACGCAGCGUCGACAGCAGCCCCACACUCCGCUCGUUACCGUGCGGCGCUGCCAUCAAUAUCACUCAGUUCGCCUCGGACGACGACGACGACGACGACGACGAUACUGACGAUGAUGAGGCGGAGGCUCACGGUGGCUGCGGCUCCACCGUUUCGGCACCCGUCUCCGCCGACGCCCCGGCGAGUCCUCCCCGGAGGCGUGUGAGCGAGUGGCUGGAGAUGAUGCGGACGCCGCCGGACGACGAGGGGGCGACGGGGGGAGAGCGCGGUGCCUGCGCCGAGCUGCAGGACUCCGCAGGCAAGAAGCGAUUCCUCCGGGGAGGCCUUGCAGAGAGAGCCUGGAGGCUUCAGUGCCGGGAGAAAUCUUCCAUCGUGUUUUGGCGCCACCAUCACCGCGCCUGCGCGUCUGCGGCGCCGUCGGCGGUCUCCGUGGAUGAGGAGGAGGGGGGAGCACCUUUGAAACUGCGUAUCCUCACGCAGCACACGGAAUGCUCAUUGCUCGUGACCACCUGCAGACUCAUGUCGCCGCGGCAAGCUCUGUUCUCCACGGGCGCCGCAGACUCAAAGCAGGAAAAAUCAGAAGCAGGUGCGCGACCACAAGGGACGUCAACUGUCGGGGAAUUGGCGGCGACGGUUUCGGAAUCGCAAAGCAAGGUCGGCUUGGCACGCGUUCCGGACCCGGGUUCAACGAGGUCGCCCCGGAACUGUCGGCGUGAUGGACCGCAUCUGGAUUCGAAGGAAGUGGAAAGUGGAGGAGGAGGGAGAUGCGAAGAUGUGGGAGAGCAACGACGUGGGCACGAUGACGGUUUUCGAGAGACAACAUCGUCAGGGCCGCUCGCGGACAACACCGUCUUUGCCCUCUUCGCGAAAGAUGCCGUCAAGCACCUGAAGAUGCGCAACGGAGACACGGUUCACGUGUUUGCGCCCUGGCUGAAGCUGUGGUUGUCCUCGGAGUCUGGCGACCGGCUCCCGGUCGUGCUGUGCACGCGAUUCGUGGAGAACCUUGGUGGCGGUGGCGGCGACGGCAGUGCGAGCCGUCACUCCGUCACCGACCCUCCGCGUGUCCUUCCACGGUUCAGCCACUCCCUGGGACACAACCUCGCCUGCCGGAGGCUCAACCGCCAGGCGGAUCUGGCUCCGGCCCUGGUCACGGGCCUUUUCCUGGGCCAUCACGGAGCGACAGACUCACUGCUGGAGGCCCUCGAGUGGCAGCAGGGCGGGGCGGUGGGGCCCGCCGGGAACGCCGCCACCAUGCUGUGCGUACGUGCGGUGGUGCAGCGCGUGUACCACACACGCACCGCAACGACCGCAACCACGCCGGCACUGUCCAGGAAACCACCACACUCGACGCCGGUGAGCCGGACACCAGCGCAGCUCGGGGCGGCCACCAGCCAGCACAGGUUUUCCUUGACACGCGUCCCCGCGAGCCGGUGUGUGCUGCUCUUACAAGACUCGUGCGGGGUGUUCGCGGAGCUCAGAGCCGAUCUCGCUUCGUUGCCCCCUGGCCCCUCCGUGGAGCCGAGGGCCGGGUCCCCUGGCUCCUCCUCCAUGGAGCUGAGGGCCGAACCCGCUGGCUCCACCGUGGAGCCGAGGGCCGGGUCCCCUGGCUCCUCCACCAUGGAGCCGAGGGCCGGGCCCGCUGGCUCCACCAUGGAGCCGAGGGCCGGGCCCGCUGGCUCCUCCACCGUGGAGCUGAGGACCGAGUUCGCUGGCUCCACCAUGGAGCUGAGGGCUGAUCCUGCUCCGUUGCCCCCUGGCCCCUCCGCGGGAGCUCCUCCGGCGGGCGCGACGGACUCUCCUCCCGUGCUGCCGGUGCACCUGGAGGGGCGCUGCUGCCUCUUCGCCGACGUCGCGGUGCUGCGGAGGACCACGCGGACGAGGUCACCCGCACUGUUCAGCCUCAUUGACAGCCUCUGGCCACCAAGACAACCCCCUAAAGCCCAGCCCGGGAGCCCGCACAGCCCAGAGGAGAGUGCCGAGAUGAUGCCGGCGCCCAGCUUCUGCUACGUUCUGGCGACCCGCGCCGGCUCCUGCGUUCUUCCGCUCUCGGACGACGGCGGCGGCGGCGGCGCCGGUACCAGCGCUCUGUACCGCGCGCCCUCCACGUUACCACUCAGCCACACACUGGGUCAGCGGAGGGGCCACCGUGCGUCGUGGCGCUGCACCUUCUACGCCACGCUCAUCUACGCGGAGAUGGAGGAGGCGAGACCGGGCGGACGUGUCGGUGCUGCGAGCUGCUCUCUCUUCGUGACCGAUGACUCCCUGCAGACGCCCCUCCCCUCCUCGUCGUCGUCGUCGUCCUCGCCCGCCCCUCCUCGCUCGGCCUGCGUGCUCGUCACGGCGUCGUGUGUGCUGCCCGUGUCCGUCCGGUCGGCGCUGUGCCAGCUUCGUGUCGCCUCGCUCCUCUUCAAGGACGUCGUGUGUGAGAACGACCGCCUCGUUGCCACGGAGGGCAGCCUCAUCCUCUUCUCCAGCCAUGCCGCCACAAAGCCCACGGCCAGUGCGGCUCUCCAGGACACUCCGCUGCUGGACUGGCUGUCGCCCACUAGCCCGGAAAACACAUUGUGCUUGGUGCAAGGGGUGAUAAUUGGCGUGGACGAGGAGAACGCCUUCUCCUGGCUGACGUGCGAUCGGUGCGGGAGCAAGCAGUUGGAGAAGACGCGCAACUUCAGCGGGGAAGUGCUGCACUGCGUGCCUUGCGACGCCAUCGUGCUGAACCCUGCUCAGAGGACGAACCUCUCCGUCCUGCUCUCCUGCCGCUCGCUCGGCCCCAACCGCUGCGCCAAUCUCAAGCUACUGGAGCUGACCAUCUCAAAGCUGCUGCCUGCACGGCUCUCCCUCUUCGACGAGGGCUACGACCCCGAGGCCUUGCUGGGCUCCUCGCUGGGGCCUCUGCCUUGCCUCGUCCGCACCGCACCCGCCUGGCUCGCCGGGCCCUGCGAGUUGUCGGAGGUGGCGCUGUUCGGCGCCAUUUGACAUCCGCCUUUCACCCCUCCCCCCUCUCCACCAAACCGCUGCUGCCUUCCAGUGCCUUCCGCUGCCUUCGUAGAGAUUCGUAGCAUUACAUAGAGAUCCGUAGAGUUGCAUAGUUACAUAGAGAUCCGUAGAGUUACAUAGAGAUCCAUAGAGUUACAUAGAGAUUCGUAGAGUUGUAUAGUUACAUAGAGACCCAUAGAGUUACGUAGAGAUCCAUAGAGUUACAUAGAGAUCCGUAGAGUUACAUAGAGAUCCAUAGAGUUACAUAGUUACAUAGAAACCCAUAGAAUUACUUACAGAUCCGUAGCAUUACAUAGAGACCCAUAGAGUUACAUAGAGACCCAUAGAGUUACAUAAAGACCCGUAGAGUUACAUAGAGACCCAUAGAGUUACAUAGAGACCCAUAGAGUUACAUAAAGACCCGUAGAGUUACAUAGUUACAUAGAAACCCAUAGAGUUACUUACAGAUCCGUAGCAUUACAUAGAGACCCAUAGAGUUACAUAGAGACUCGCAGACCACAGCCCAAGACUGUAGGCAGUGGCGUUGAGUUGUCACGAUGCGUGCAAACGAGAUACCAGAGGAGGAGGGCUGGGUGGUGAUGAUGUUGAAUGGAGGAGGAGGGCUGGGUGGGUGGUGGUGAUGAUGUUGGAUGGAGGAGGCGGAGGGCUUUCUGGCACGAACCUACCACCCAAAGCGCCAUCACCACGCGAUUUAACGUACAAAUAAACAAUUCUUGUUCAGGUUAACAAAACAAUUGAAACCAAGUUUGUGGCUGUGAGUUGUUGAUAUAAACAAAUUGACGUUAUAACCUACGCGACGAACCGUUCCCAAAAGACACUAAUUAUGAAUUGCACGAGACCAAUGUGAUGAAUAUUGCCCUUGUUACUUGUUGUUCAACGUGUGUGGGUUGUGUUGGUCACGUUCACCAUUGUGACACACACGCGGGUGAACGCACGUAAGGUUCCACUAACGCUUUAGCGUAAGUUCACUCCCGUUUUGCUGUAGAUUCCACUUUGUGCUGUUAAAACAAUCGAGUGUUCUUUUUUAAAAACACUGCCAUAAUCUUGCAGUGCUGAUGGUUAAAGUCGCGUUCGUUUAACAAAAAUUAAAAUCGCUUCCCACACCACUCGCUCCCCGAUUCGAUGCGCUCUCGCCCCUGAUGGUUCCGUUCAGGAGGACAGCUCCCUGGAGCGCCCUGCCCAUUUCGGAACGCCACUCGCUGGUAAGACGCGAAUUGCGUCCGAUAUGCAGAGUUUUCCCGGCCAGCUUAGCUUUGUGGCGCGGAUUGCAGAGGGAGUGGCUGCGAAUUCACGCCGAUGUCCGCCGCCUACCUGUUUGUUAUCGCUCGGGGCGGGGGGAGGGAUGAAUUUGCACUGACGAACACAGAUGAAAUAUGACGUACCUUGAGCAACCAACUAAUCAAUUUUAAUAGGUAGCAGGCUUUCGCGAGCAAUGUCAUCCAUAAUAUAGUUUUUUUUGGGUUAGAUCGCGUAAAUAUAAAUGUGUCGUAAAACCCGCCACCACCCGACACAGCUAAUUAG